GAUGCGAGCUGAAGCUGCCCUUGCGUUUCGACAAGGUUUGCGUGUAUCCUGGUCACAAGGAUCACCUGGCGGUCGUUCGCAGCUCGGCGGUGCGGGUGGUGUCCAUCACCAAGUCCUUCGAGACCUACAUCGCCAAACUGCAGCCCGGGACAUAG